AUGGGCCGUCUUGAUGGUAAGGUGGCCAUAAUCACUGGAGGCACCAGUGGCAUUGGCCUCGAAACGGUGCGCAUCUUCGUCCAGGAGGGAUGCAAGGUGAUGUUCUGCGGCCGCGGGGAGAAGGUAGGGGAGCAGAUUGCCACGGAGCUGGGUGAGAGCUGUGCGUUCACAAAGUGUGAUGUAAACGUCGAGUCAGAGAUCAAGAAUGUCAUCGACAAGACGGUGGAGAAGUGGGGCAAGCUGGACAUCCUUUUCAACAAUGCUGGUGGGCCCGUGGGACCCUUCAGGGUAGACCAGGUGAAGAAGGAGCAUCUUGACGCCAACUUCAGCUUGAACUUCAACUCCAUGGUCUUGGCCACAAAGCACGCCUUACCACACCUCGUGAAGCAGCCGACCUCCUCCAUCAUCAACAACAGCUCCAUUGCCGCCAAGAAGGCUGGGUUUGGAGACCCCCUCUACAGCGCCUGCAAGGGGGCCAUGGACUCUUACAGCAGAGUAGCCGCCAUGCAGCUCGCACCUCGAGGCGUGCGCAUCAACUGCGUGUCGCCCGGCGCCACCGCCACCCCAAUCUUCUGGAGCGGCUCCCCGGGUUCGGCGCGAGGCGCCAAGCUCACUGCGGAAGAGAACGCCCGGAAGCAGCAGAAGGUGGAAGCCAACAUCAUGAACAACUGCGCAUCUCUGCGUGUCGGUCGUGCCGGCACGGGGAUCGACAUCGCGCGCGCCGUGUGCUUCCUGGCCUCCGACGAGAGCAUGUGGAUCACCGGACAAGACCUUACCGUGGAUGGUGGCAUGACGGCCUUUGAUGCACCAAACAAAGGUUGGAUGGCGGAUCCUAACCCGGUCGACCCUGUCCCUUUGCGGCACAAGCUCUCCAAGCUGUAA